GGAUGGUCGGACGGCAGUGUAUCGAUCGGAACGAAUAGAGAAGAAUGCAUUUCUGCAAAGCCUGGACAAUGAAGAGGAAGAGAUGGAGGAGAAACACAGCCAGCAGCAGCGAACCUGUGGGGUCCAAACUGGUACGGAUGAGGUUGGAGAGGGCACAUCAAGAACGACGACAUGCACUGCGGCUGAAAAGGACAGGGAAAGGGCUGAGGUGCUGGAAAUCGGUGUGCAGUAUUGGACAGACUACGCGAAAUGGGAGUUUCAUCAUAAAAGUGUUUUGGAAGUUGGUGGUGUGUGGCAAACAGAACCUUCCUCUUUAGCAGGAUUUGGUGAUGGCAGAGAUCUUGUCAGAUCCGCGGAGAUGUUGGAGGCCAUCAAUGACAGAAUAAGGUUCUUUGUUGAAGAGUGCGACCAUCUGCAGGGGUUCCAGGCUAUUGUGGAUGACUCCGGUGGCUUUGCGGCUGUGGCUGCAGAUGUAUUGAGUGAGAUUGCCGAUGACUAUGGUCGCUCUCCAUGUCUCCUUUUUUCCGUGCGUCCACCUGUUGCAGCUGGUGGAUCUAUAUCUGCUUCCCAGCGGUCCAUUUCAGAGAUCAACAACAGCUUGUCAUAUGGGGUGCUGUCGGGGCUGGCCACUUGUUAUGUACCCAUGGGCCGAAAAGAGUUCAUGCCUCAAGGUUCUGAGUUGGGAAGUGGACAAGGGUACUUCCCUCAUAUCGUUGUCAACGAGGCAAAGCCAUACCACACUAGUGCAUUGUAUGCAGCUGCCAUUGAGGCUUGCACAUUGCCGUGGCGACUUCGACGAGAAGGGUCGGCUCUUGCAGCUGAAGGUCCUUUGGGCUGCACUGACCUCCAUAGCAUCGUUAACAUGCUACAUUUACGAGCACGGAUGAAUAUUGCAGCUGCGGCGAUUGCCUUUCCUACAUCUGCCAUUUCGGGCCCCAAUGCUCAGGCAAGUUUGAUGAAGGCAGAAAAGGAGAGAAUGGAUGAGAAGUGCGUACACAUGACCUCACAGCUAAAAUGGUUAACAGAGGGUAUGAGUGAUGAUAGAAUAUCAUCGUCACUAUCGUCAUCGGCGUCCACAGCCUUAGCUACUGUGAGUGGGAGGCCUUUCUCAGAAAUGAAUGUCCUAAGGGGUGCAAGGGUGUCAGAUCCGGCUACCGGAGGGUACGUGACAGCAAGCGUAGGGGAUGCAAAUGCAGCCUUGUGUGAUAGCUUGUCAAAGGAGCAGCGGCCGAUGAUAAUGCGCCACAUUGUGGUUGCUCAACAGCCACUGGCAUUGCCUCUCCCCUUCCCGCGGCUUUUCAGACCAUACGUCACUGAGCACGGUGACAUUGAAGGUGCUGCAGCCCAUCAAGGUCGAAGUUUUGAACCAUGGAGAUUGAAGGGAGGAGCUGACGUAACGUCUGCACCAAUUCUUGCCAGGCUGUCUGCAACAGCAGCCAUCCUUCCAGCCCUUGAGACAGCACAAGACAAACUUGGCCCAUCGUCUUCACGAACUGGUGUUGCAGACGUCCUCGAGAAGUGGGGUUUCUCACGAGUUGAGGUCGAAGAGAUCCGAGAACGAUUAAGUGACCUGGUUGUUGGUUAUGGAGGGGGAGAGGGAGACGAGGGCGAUUUCAUGGACUUCGAAGAUGACUAGCUAGUCUCGAAGAAGAAAGUGGUGUUGAAAAAAAGAGGAGCAAGAAGCACAGACACGUUGAGACAGCAGCAGACUCAAAGGAAGAACAAAGCAAUUGGAUAACUUGUGAAGUGGACGGAGAAGGUUUGUCUAGACUAUAAAGAGCUGGAAUGAGAUGUGGCAGUCAUGUGCUCCUUGUUGAUAGAAGCCGAUUUAGGACUUGAAGGAUAUAUUGAACGAGAUGUCGGGUGACACUGCUUCCAUUUGACUGAUUGGGAAAAGUAAGUAGGCAAGCUUCUGACCUAAAGAUCGCUACAAUCACAUUGAUCACCAUCAUAGGUCAAGAAGACAUCAGGCUCUCUGACACAGGGCAGGUGAGAGGGGAAAGUGGUCUUGCGACCGCAGAGCCUGAUAGAAGUAGAAGGAGGUCGAUAUUGAGAACUGCCAAGGCGGACACGUCAGUUGAAAAUGAUGAGGAAGGUAGGAUGGAUAGAAAGAUUAUUCCGCUUAUACUACAUCAACAAGAUUUUGAGUCCAUUAUAAUGGGGAGAGAUGAUAAUUUCUUCAUAUCCAAAGCAGAUGAGGGUAAGUUCGAAAAGGAUUCGAAUACUGGUGCUCUACGUAAACGAGUGACUAUAAUGGGUGCAGAUGGGAAAUAGAGAGAUCACAAGAGGGAGCUAUUUGAUUCUGGCAUUUCAUUGGGAGAGAGCAUCGUAAGUGUCAGUCCUGCAUCCAUGAAAGAAGAAACCCAUACCGACUCACCGUUGGGCAUGCGCCUUUCAUUAAUGUCAAUGGAUAAGGCGGAGAGAAAGUUCUCGGGGCAACUGGAGUCGUACACAUUGGUCUUCAAAGAUCCAGAGUUGGAGGAUGAAUUUAUGGCCAGAUUCGUUCUACGAAAUCAGCGAAG